CUCGUACUUCUACCACUAAGUUAACUACAAAAUCGACCGGACAGGAAACCCUAACAUGUCCACGUACAACCCUCGCGAAUGACUCAUUUUGUUCUUUGCCCGCUAUACGAUAGAACAGUGCCAAUACUCCUAUGGGCAGCCUGCCCGUCAUGAAUAGCUCCAGAGCUACCCCCAGCGUGUCCAGCGACUCUAGCUCGGACAAAACUCUUUGCAAGGAGCCGUCUGGCAGUGACUCAGUCUCUUCUCCUAUUGCGACCAGGCCCAUUCCACGGAAAGGACAUACCAAAUCGAGGCGCGGGUGCUUCAACUGCAAGCGGCGUCGUAUCAAGUGCAAUGAGAAGUACCCAGAGUGCAAUCAUUGCAACAAAGCAGGCCUGAACUGCGAAUAUCCAGCAAACAUCAUUCAAGCAGCACAGCGACUCAACCAGCCGCCCGCGCCCAAAGAUGCAGUUACCUUGAGGAACACGCCCGGCAACUUCACCAUGUCCGACAUGAGGCUUUUCCAUCACUUCCUCGUCACUGCAUAUCCACAUCUUCCCGUUGGAGCGGAUAAAAUCUGGAUCACGGUGAUCCCUAGCUUUGCACAUAACUAUGAGUUCCUCAUUCACUCCAUUCUCGCUCUUUCUGCCUCCCAUCUAGACGCUGUUUCCAGUGCCAAUGUUGCGGAAGAAGCGCUAUUGCACCGCAUCCUCGCAAUGAAGUCCUUGAACGAUGCUCUAUCGCAUCCUGCCAAAACCAGAAGCGAGAGCGACGCCCGGAUGGCAGCCGCAUUGGCUUUGGCCUUCCAGUCAAGUCAUCUCCAGGAUGGCCUCUACGAGUUUCUGACCAUGGUCCGCGGAUGCAAUCUCAUUGCCGGAAAGGACCAGCUGAUGGACGCUGAUUCGGCAUUCCACGCCUUCAGCCCGGAGGGCCAUCUUGCAACGAUGCAGAACCGACUAGCUAACUCCGCCUACUGUGCGAUAUCUCCUGAUCAUCUUGAUAGAGCUGCUGAAUCUUUAGGGAUGAUAGAAACGCUGGUUCUUGCCGAUUGGGAGAGAGCUUUCUAUUCUACGAUGGUUCAGACGGUCCAAUACGCCUACAAUGAUCCAGUUGCAGCUUACUCAACAUUUGUAAUGACCUACAACAUUCCAUCGACUUGGACGCAUGAAGAGUUCCAAUCCUUCAUCGACCCGAACAACUGCGUUGCACAGAUACUUCUGGCACAUUGGAUUGCCAUCCAGGCCAUUCUGACUCCCAUACUGAUGUUCGAGCGGUUGGGAUUCCAAGGAGUAAAUGCGCCUUCAGCCUUCAUGACAUGGAUCAUCAACAUCUACCGGAGCCUGCCAGCGAGCUAUAGGCCUCACGUCGAGUGGUGCAGAAGCAUCUCUACGUAUCCAUUUCAUAGGUUUCACGGAGCUCUCAAAAAGCGGCAAUUGGAGUUUUACGAUCCAGCUUUCAAUAGUAGCUUACAGGAAUUCACUAACGGCAACUUGUGAGAUAACUAUCAGGUAUAUUGUGUUCAGCCAACGUGCAUCAGUGCUACAUAUUGACGAAACCAGGCGCUCGGCUGCACUUUCGUUUUGAUGACUAUACCCCUGGACGAUUAAACGGCGUAUCUGUAUCUUGCAUAUCCGAUUAUCCAAUGAACAAUCGUUUCAAGUCUAUUGAGACUGAACAUUCCUGAUACUCCAGGAAUCUACUGAAUAAAAAUGAUUACUUCACCUUCUUGUCCUAGCUUCCUUUGCCACAAAACCCUCCAGAUCACCUAGUCUGUCGCUUCAAUGAAAGCUAUAUCCACGAC